AUGAAGUCUAAAUGUUUGGUAGAUAGGUUAAAAUGGACUUUUGAAGGGAAUAUGACACCACAUGCGUACGCAUUUGGGGAUGUGGAUAAUGACGAGGAUAACGAAUUUGUCAUUGGAAACCUUAAAGGCGAGAUAGCCCUUUUCAAAGGUAUUUCGGUCGGUGGACAACCUGCCAUGACCUGUAAAAAUUUAGGAACUGUAGGUAAUUAUUCAUUCUCGGAAUUCGAUAAAUUGAUCACUUGUGUUGCUGUCGGUGAUAUACGAAAUUCCGGAAAGAAUUCGAUCGUGUGUGUAAAUGCUGAAGGAAAAUGCCAUAUAUUCGAUAUUGCUGUUGGAUCACCGAAUCCUACCUCACCUAUCGGCGAUGAAAGCGCGUCACCCCCAAUGCGACCCAUUAUUAACGAUAAAUCUCAUGAAAUUGAGAAACCAAACUUGACGCUGGGUGUUCCGGUGAAUUGUAAUCGUAUUUUGAUUGCAGAUAUCGGAUUAUACCACACGAAAUCCAUUACUAUAUCAUUAUCACCAACUGUAGACGGAGAUGGUCAAAAUGAGAUUAUACUCGCGCGUACUGAUCGUGUAUCUGAUUACGCGACAGAAGUAAUUGGCGGAGUACCGUCUAAAAAAGAAAAAAGUAAUAGUGCUUCGUCAUUACCUUAUCUGCUGGAAAAGAAAGAAUGGCUAUUCGAACGGCAGAUCACCUCUCUACUUUCGGCCACCGAUCCAAAUACCGGAGCACCUUUAUUACUAGUAGGCCAACCUGGUGGUCAUUUUGUGAUUAUAGAGAAGAACGCCAAGCACACUUCAUCAGCUAUUUCUCAUGAGAUCAAUUUAUUGGAAGAAGUAAAUGAGGUAUCGACUGAACUUGUCAAAGGGAUUAAAUGGAGAGAUGGUAAAAGCGCCGAGGUUAUAGCAAUCAUUACUAUGGACGGAUUAUUCAAAUGUUACGACUUACAAUCCGGUCAAAUGUCCAAACACGAACUCAAAGUAAACCACAAACUAUUCGGUUUAUCCGCGUUGAAUCUCGAUGGUGUAAUCGACAACACACAAACCGGCAAAAUUUACACCAACCAAAAACCUAACGUCGAACAAAGCGAUGACGCGUUUGUUACAUGCGCGUGGAACGGAAGCACGUACGUGAUUGAUCACGAAUUCAAUGUGGUAAAUUUCGAGUUUGAGAGUAGAGUGUGUGCGUUUGCUGCUGGAAAAUAUGCAAUCACUCCCGGAUACAAUGUGCCUUGUUUUAUGUACGUGGAUUUUGAAGAUAAUAUUUAUGUGUAUUUUAAUAUACAGAUAAAUACUAAACCAAUGCUGAAUUUUGGGGAAGUGAUGCGUGAUGUGGAUAUCAACAAGUAUGAAGAAUUACUAAAAUUUUAUUAUAAAGAAUACGAACAAGAAAUCGAAGCGUUUUCGCCGAACAACCCACCUUAUCAACCAACACCAAAGCUUACAUCUUUUUUCAAUCAAUGUCUCUACAAAUUGGAUGGCUAUAGAAAAUUGAAGGCGAAAAUGGAGAGAGAAAUUCAAGAUUCGAUCGAGAGGAAAAAAGUAAUCGAAGAGAAAGAAAUAGCAGAAGUAAAUCGGAGAAAAGAAAUCGAAGAAAAAGAAAUCGUAGCGGAAAUAAAUCGGAAAAAAGAGGAAGACGAGGAAGGGGAGCAAGAAGAGACAGCAGAAUUCGCACAAAAUGAUAUUAAUAGUAGUAGCACACAAGAAAAUAAAGAAAGCUCGUCUUCAAAUGAAAAUGGUAAUUCUGUUGAUGAACUCUCUCCUACCAUCCAUAAUGAAAAUGACGAAGACAAGGAAGAGAAAGAAGGGGAAGAAGAGGAGCAGAAAAUAGAGGGUAAAGAAAAAGAAGAGAAAAAGGAGGAAGAGGGGAUGCCAAUAUCGGGCGACCAAUCAAAAGAACUUCAAGAACGACGCGAUUCAGGUUUCAUUCAUUCACGGGAUAAUUCCAUACAAAUGUUGGUCAAAAAAUCAAAUAAUUUAGCUGAUAAUUGUCACAAUAAAUCUCAAGUAUCAAAAGCAGACCAGCAGCAGCUACAACAAAAAACUGAUGAAAUAAAUCAAGAGAUAAAUGGUGGUAAUAGUGAUAUAGCUACUGUAAUAGAUCAACCAUCGUUGUCGAUGCAAACAUGA